AAAACCAACCAUUUUAAACAGCGCAGAACUUCGUGAUUGUGAACAAAGUUUAACUGGUAAACUUUACCCCGGAAAACAUUCAGGGAAACACACAUACUGGGCAUUUGGAGGUGAAUGCGCAACAAAUAUGUCAAGGAACAGAAGGAUCACGUUAAUAUUUGGAGGAUUUAUAACAGCAGUUGCUGCUGCAUUUUACCCUAUAUUUUUCCACCCACUCACGCACACAGCUGACUACAAUCAAGUCCAGAGGGCAAACCGAGCAGGGAUCAAUCAAGCAGACGUGCAACCAGUGGGUGUCAAAGUAUGGUCUGAUCCCUACAAGCCAAAGUGAUGCCCGAGACAACUGUCCCUGGUAUGGAAAAAGAAGACGCUAUGCUGAUGAAGACUGUCCACUGAAGAUGAUUCUGAAUCCCAAUUGGAGUGUGUUUGUGUGAGUGAAUGCUUAGGUGUGGUGGAUGGAUGCUUACCACUUUAUCCUAUGAAUAAAGUUUAAAGACCUCUGUG